GCCAACUCUAAAUUUUUUCGAUUUCGAGUAAUCUGCACCUAACCCUAUUUUCUCCAUAAGCCCUGUUAUUUCUAUUACGCGAUUUUCUAUAACACAAUAUUUUACACGAACACAAUUAUCACGUUAUAGCAGAACUACCUGUAGUUUGUUUCACUACACUUGGAACUUUUUCUCAACUGAUAAAUUUUCACGUGACCUUUUCAGUUAUAACUUUCACUUCAGUUGGACUUUUUUUUUUUAAGUUUUGAGUUUUAUAGUUCAGUACAAUACAAGUUGAAAUUCUGAAACCCGAUAAGAUUGAUAAAACUGGGGAUUACAUUUUCACCGUUAUUUUAUAUCACGGGAUGAGUCUGAACCCCCCUACCCCCCCACCCUUCUAUAUUUUAAACUCACAGCUAUAAACAAGAUUGAAAUAAAACAUAUUCCUGGUGCAAUAAGAUGCUCUACUACUGUGUACCUAGGAAGAUGCAGGUGAAAUCGCAGAGCAGCUGGUUGUGGCUGUCAUCUGAACUGACUGCAAAUGUAUCCCACAAACUUCUGUCCUCACUCUUGGCCACUGCAAUUUUUUUUUUUACUUAUGAUAUUUAAAAAUGAUCCAAAGUUUAUAAAUACGAAAAAACAGCAAUUGACGCGUGUGAUGAUGAGAAGGGGUGGUGUUAGUGGAUGAGAAAAUAGUCAUCGUCAAAAUUUACUCAAUGUUUUUUCUACAGUGUUACAGAGGUAGAUCAAACCAGACAUUACUAAAACAUUGAAGUAUUGAAAACUACCUCAGGAAAAUUAUGUUUACUGUAAAAAUAUCGCAAAUAUGAUCAAUGAGAAGCAGUGAAGCAAGUAGAAAAAUUACAUCAGUCGUUUAUUUAGCUUGGGUCUGGGUCUGUAUAGUAGACUUUUGUAAAGUCAGUGAGUCAAGUAUUACAAAAGCGAAAAUAUAGGAAAACUAGAACAUAACUGGGCCCAAGUCUUUUGGAUAAAGAAUCUUCAACCUGUAUUUGUAAUUUUGAGUACUGUACCUAUUCACUUACUGUACAGUAUAUGAUGAUACUGUAUUGUAUUGAUAAUUGUCAUAGUUACUACUUAUAGUGAUUGUAAUACAUAUUGAUGAUUAUCAUAAAAAAAAAUUAAUAAAGCAAUGUCACUUUUGUAAAUGCUUAAUGCUAAUGUGAUAGACAAUGUGUGUGGGGAUCUGGGGGUGCUCCAUGCUUGUGUGUCUUUAUGGGUCCAUAUCUGCUUGUCUGUGUGUUUUAUUGUCAUUUACUUUCAGGAACUUGAAAGACUAUCUCUGUUUUAUGUCCCCAAACCAGGAACCUGUCCAAUUUUAACCUAAGCUUAUUUAACCCAAACAUAAACCAACUUGACCUAACCUAACUUAGCUCAAACUAACUUGACCUAAGUUAACCUACCCAAAAAAAAAAAUUAGCCAGACCAACCCGGGAGUUUUAUUGUGAAAAUUUAGGUGUUGUUUCGCAUUCAGGGAUUAAUUUCAGUAGUAUGGGAUAUUAGUGCCUUGCAUAUUCUCCUAAGAUUUCAUUCAUCACAUUUUUUUUUUUUUUUUUUGACUUUUAAGUGUUUAGGGUCAUUAGGUACAUUUUACUCAAUAUCCGUCUACUGUCUUCUCCAUUUUGAUUUUGUCUUUACCACACAGCAAGCUUUUUCCUCGUACUUUUGACCCCUGACCUCAUAGUUCCAUUUGUUAGAGAAUAUAUUAUUGAAAUCUUUCAUUGUCUCACAUAGAAAGCUACAAAGCUACUGUUUCUGUAAUGGCCAUAUUAAUAGCUUAUCACAAUAGAAUACAUCUAGGGGUAUUGGUGGCACAGUACAGGGGUAAGCUUGUUUGCCUCUCAAGCUGAAUCCUGGGUUGGAUGAGAGAACAGAACAGUCUGACUACUCGACCAACUACUAAGCUGAUAAAUGGUGGAAAUUAUAAGAAAGACAUUAAGUGGUAACAGAAUCAGUUUUUAUUUGGAUACAUUACAUUACAUUACAUUAGCAUUUCAUGAGUUUUAUUUUCACCCAGCAGUAAACUAAACCAGUCAUGAGAGAAGCAUCCUGUUAAUUAUCUUCACUAUCUUGGCAGGAAAUGACUUCAAUUUGGGGUUGUUAAUCUCGUCCUUAUUGUGUACUGUACUGAGUUACUGUGAAAGCUAGAACUUAGUCAUUGUUACAGAAGGGAGGCAGAACACAUCUUUUACAGCAAUCAGAAUAAUUUACUGGGAGUAUUGGGAAAAAUGUUUGUACAGUGUGUGCUUCUGUGUUUCUGAAAAUCUUAACAUUUUUGGACAGAGGGGUUGAAAGAUUGAGAAAAGGACAUACACACACAUCCUCGCUCUAUGAAGAAGUCGUGGCAGUGGUGGAAGGAACACACACCGCAGUACUUCCAUAAAUUUGCGAUGAGCCGAAGGCAGCGAGUUAUCAUGGCGGUCUUCUUACUGGGCUCCUUUGUUUAUAUCAUCCUAACACAGGAGAGAGUGGUGAGAACUCAAGGUCCAACAGAAUUUGAGUUGGCACUGCGAAAACGAAGAGCUGUACACAUGUUGGGCAGAGUCCCUGGUGAACCCACACAUCCAGAGGUGCGGAAAUUCUGCUCAGGUCUGGCGAAGCAAAAUCCCAACCUCGUGCAGGCAGAAAAUGAGAGUUCUCCUGUAAUAUAUGUAGUGACUCCUACAUAUAAAAGACCAGAGAUGGUGGCAGAACUAACUAGACUGGGUCAGACUCUAACUAUGGUACAGAGGAUACACUGGAUUGUAGCAGAAGACAGUGCAACUUGCUCAGCUCCCAUCACUAGUCUUCUCAAGAGAUUAGGUCUUCCCUACACGCACUUGGCCACACCAAUGCCAGAAAUAUACCGGAGGGAGAAAUUUGUCCCGCGUGGCGUCUCCAACCGUAGAGCCGCCUUGCAGUGGGUGCAAGCGAAUGGCGAGAACACGGGCGUCCUCUUCUUCCUGGACGACGAUAAUGCCGUGGACAUCAGACUAUUUGAAGAAAUGAGAUCAACGAAAACAGUUUCAAUGUGGCCUGUUGGGCUGAUUGGAGAGUACACUGUCAGUUCACCUAUAGUCAAGGAGGGAAAGGUGGUUGGGUUUUACGAUGGGUGGCCAGCUGGCAGAAAGUUCCAGGUAGACAUGGCUGGAUUUGCUGUUGGAGUUGGUUAUAUGAAGAAACAGAGGAAAGUAACGAUGCCUUACAUAGCUGGACAUGAGGAAGAUGGUUUUCUCAAGUCUCUGAAUCUGAGCAUAAGCAACAUCGAGGUAAAAGCAGACAGGUGCACGAACAUCCUGGUCUGGCACACCCGCACGGCCAAGAACCCUAUACGGACCCUGAACAUGGAAACCCACCAGAACGACAAUAUCAAGGUGCUGGCUGAUAACAUGAGACACCUGGGGAUGAUUAAGUAGCUUCACCUGUUAUAUUGUACAGUUGAAAGAGAGUUACAGUAGUCGUCUGUAGUAGUAUUGUAUUGCCGGGGUAGAUCAGCGAUAAGUACUGUAGUUCUAUUGAUACAGUAAUGUAUUUUUUAUUGUAGGGUUUAUUAACGUCUCUUCUCAUAUUGUAGUAUUGUAUUUAAAGAAAAAAAUAAGGUCUUUCUAUACUGAUGAUCUCAUUGAAUUGCCAAAAAUAUGUUGCAAAUGAAAAUCAAAACAGGAGUACAGGUAGUUCUGCUAUAACGCGAUAAUUGUGUUCUUGUAAAAUAUCGUGUUAUAGAAAAUCGCGUAAUAGAAAUAACAGGGCUUAUGGAGAAAAUAGGGUUAGGUGCA